AUGACAACUGUUGAAAAUAACAAAGGUGGUGUGUUUUUUGUUUAUGGGCAUGGUAGAACAGGACAACACACUCUCGCUUUCAAAUCCCUCAAAUUAUUAAUGAAAAAUUCUCUUUGUCACAUAAAGCCAGACAGUGAUAUUGCGAAGUUAAUAAAAAAGACUACUUUGAUUAUAUGGGAUGAUGCACCAAUGGUUCAUAGGCAUGCAUUUGAAGCAUUGGAUAUAAGUACGAACGAUAUUUUCAAUAGUCGACGCAUUAGUGACUCACAAAUGCUUUUUGGUGGCAAGGUAGUUGUUUUUGGAGGAGAUUUCAGACAAAUUCUUCCGGUUAUUCCCAGCGCAAGUAGAGAAGACAUUGUUAAUGCGUCAUUAAGUUCAUCUUACAUUUGGAAAAAAUGCAAAGUCUUAAGGUUAAUUAAGAACUUGAGGUUAACUGUUGAUUGUCAAUCUUCUGAAAUUGAACAGACAAGGGUUUUUGCAAAAUGGAUUUUGGACUUAGGAGAAGGCAAGGUUAGUAGUGAUAAUGAUGGUGAAGCAGUUGUUGAUAUACCUCAUGAUCUUCUCAUUACGGAUUCAAUGGAUCCUAUAUCUGCAUUAAUUCAAUUUGUCUAUCCUCCAAUUCUUCACUUGUCUCACUCGGCCAACUUCAGGUUCUUCUCGCGUUCUGCUUCUGCAAUAGAUUGA